AUGUAUCAACUGUGUUUAUAUCCCCCGGUCCUGUUUCCCGCCUUCUUUCAUUAUUACUGCUUACAGACCGCAUUUACUCUAUCUGCGGCUGACAAUCACUCUUCUUCGGCUCCCUGUGCCAAAUCCUCUCUCUCUCUCCCCCCUCUCUCUCUCUCUCUCCCUCUCUCUCUCUCUCUUUCUAUAUUUUUUUCUUCUUUAUAUUUUUUUUCGUUAUCUCUUUCACUUCUUCCUAUGAACGUUAAAUACAUAAAUACUCCUCUAUCUUCUCUGGCUUUCUUUCUUUCUUUCUUUCUUUCUUUCUUUCUUUCUUUCUUUCUUUCUUUCGUUCGUUCGUUCGUUCUUUCUUUCUUUCUUUCUUUCUUUCGUUCGUUCGUUCUUUCUUUCUUUCUUUCGUUCGUUCGUUCGUUCGUUCUUUCUGCCUGUCUUUCUGCCUGUCUUUCUUUUCGUUUUCUUUCCUUAAAAUCAAUCAGUGACUUUGAUAUAUCUUUUCUGCAGUCGAUCCCCACAGCCGAGCAGGAAUGCGCCAUUCUUCAUGGCAAGUAA